GUGGCGCGCAACGCAGGAAAUGCUGAGAGUGAAGUUUUAAGUCUUACGUCAGUCUUGUCUAACUAAUCAACAUUCUCACAACCCACAAAAGUGAAAAGACAGCAUGCGUGGGAUAUGCGUGUCGCUUUUAGACGCAGCUGAUAGUUUGACCGUUUCCAGUGUGCGAGCUGUGGUUUCUUGAACAUCUUGUGGAGUUGUGACAGUUAUGUCAGUUUCUUCUACGUCAAAAAUCUGCUUAAUCGCAGUGGGUUUGGUACUCAUAGCUUGUAAUGUUGUGUGCAUUGCCUGGCUUUUGGUGUCAAAGGCGCAGUCCACCAUCCAUCCACCCCAUUCAUCUACAUAUGUACAGUUGACUCCAGAUGACAUGCCCAGGGUUCUUCGAACCAUAUCCUCAAAAGCCCACUGCUUCCUUAAAGUGUCCAAGAGCGACAACUACACAGCAGACCUGGGCCUGGUGAAGUGGGACGAGGAGAGCCGUCCCAGGGGUCUGUCCCUGGAUCCAAAUGGGACUCACAUCAUCGUGAACGAUGGCGGAUACUACGUCGUGUUUGCACAGGCCGUAUUUACGUGGACGAGCUACACGGGAGAGGGCAAUGCUCCGCGGCUCCAGCUGGACACGAGCGAUGACACAGGCAGCCAGUUUGUGGUGGCCUGGGACGAGCGCGAGGUGAAGGAGCGCGGCGAGAACAAGAUGGCGCGGCUGAGUUUCCUGGUGGUGGUGGAGCUGAAGGGAAGGCAGAACAUCAGCGUGAGGGCCCGGCACCGGAACAACUUCAACUACGACACCCCCGUCUCCACCUUCCUCACCGUCAUCAGGUACGCCGACCUGCAGGACGCCGCCGCAAACGGAACAUCCCAACACAUUUGACCAGAGAUUCUAGAACAGAGAUCUGUUCUAGAAUCUUUGCAUUUGACCUUUAACCUGCCUCAGGGUAAGGGCUCACCAGCUUCCAACUCACUGUCUGAACUCGUCACAGGAGGACAUUAUUCACUUGCGUUGCCCCCCACCCCCAUUCGGUCUCUGUGGCAGAAAGUUCCUAGAAAAUGCUUUGGGGGCAUUUAUCUGUUUUCGUGACUCCUCUUAGUGGCUACAUUGUGUGGGCCCAGUGGAAUUUCCCUUACGGAGACCUCUCUGUUUGUCCUGUUGGCGUCCAUGUGAUGGCUGUGACAAAGACACUUUACCAUGCACAGAAUACUUGUAGAAAAUGUGAUCAGUGUCUGUCUGCCACAUGCCCUGUAUUAUUGCACAUUCCACGGUACUGGUCCUUGGUUUAUCAGGUACAAUGGAUCUCCAAGUGCCCUGAAUUGUCCAUGUACAUAGUCAGUAUACAGUAGCUAUGAUCUGCUCUCAUUAUUAUUUGAAUGGCACUUUUUAUCUGGAUUUAGGUCAAGUAGGUGCAUGUACAGUACAUCCCACCUCACUGGGGCCAGGUGCAGGACACAGUAAUUGUAACAGUGAUAAAGGAAAGUAGAUGUCCGUACACUGACAGGGGAGCUACACCAGACGCGUAACUGAAGCGUUCCGUUCGCGACGCGUAAUAUCCAUUUUAGAAGAUGGGUCUAUUUUUUUUUCGAAUGUACGCGCCAGUGUCGCGUCUGGUGUAGCUACUUCCAUUGAUUAUUAGUGGUUAUUAACUGCUGC